UUGAAUAUUGAUUCUCUAUUUUUACAGGGAAAUGAUAUCACUUUGCAAUAUUCACAUCGCCAGCCUAUCCAUCCUGGAACGGAAAAUGCCAUCGAGUUGAAAUUCUUUGAAGACAGAUGGCAACGAGUCGAUGGACAGCAGGGGACACGCGAACAUCUACUCAUGGCUCUUGCUGAUCUCGAUGACAUUCUUAUAAAGGCAACUUAUAUGGAAGAAUGCUCUACAUCUAGCCUUAUUAGCGUUUCUAUGGAAUUCGCUGAACCUCAAGGUCGUGGCCAACCGGCAUAUGAGGUGGAACAAUGCCAAUGUCCUCCUGGUUACAUUGGUACCUCAUGUGAAGAUUGUGCUCCUGGAUAUUCAAGAACUGGCGGCGGAUUGUACUUGGGUCUGUGCGAACGUUGCGAAUGUCAUGGUCAUGCUACUCAAUGUGACAAGGAGUAUGGCUUCUGUAUUGACUGCCAGCACAACACAGAAGGAGAUCAGUGCGAAAGAUGCAAACCCGGUUUCGUCGGAGAUGCUCGAAGAGGAACUCCUCAUGAUUGCCAAGCUGCUGCUACUCGACCUCCUUGCCAAUGUAAC